AUGCGUCGUCAUUCGUUAGAUCCUGAUAAACUUCGACGACAGAUCAAAUCGAUCUUUGUUUCACCAUCACGAAAAAUUCGAAAUCUUACACAUCAAAAUCAUAAUAAUACAGCUGCAGUUGAACGAAGUCGACAAGCGCGACGUUUUAGUGUACCAGAAAAAAAAUUUCCAGAUAGACUGGGUUCCAGUAAUGAUCUUGAUACAAUCGAUGAAGUAAGUAAAUUAAUAUGCAAAUGUAUUCGCUAA